AUGCCUCUUAAGAAUCUCUUCCAGACAAAACCGGAGGAUGUGUACGGCAACGCAGACAUUCCUCGAGAGUCUACCUCGACCGCAGAGCAUGAAAAGGGCGCACACGAUGUCGUUGACACGCCCAUUCCUCUCCUCACAUGGCGGUCCUUCUUGAUGGGCGUCUUCAUCUCCAUGGGUGGCUUCUUGUUCGGAUACGACACGGGUCAGAUUUCCGGUUUCCUUGAGAUGAAGAACUUCUUGCAGCGGUUUGGCGAGCCUAACGCCAACGGGACUUACUAUUUCACAAACGUUCGCUCGGGCCUUAUUGUGGCUUUGCUGUCAAUCGGUACUCUGAUGGGAGCUCUUGUCGCCGGUUUCGUUGCUGAUCGAAUUGGUCGAAAAUGGUCCAUUAGUCUUUGGUCUGCGAUUGUCUGUGUUGGUGUCACCGUGCAGAUUUCGUCUCCCGUCGGGAAAUGGUAUCAGGUUGCCCUUGGCCGUUGGGUUGCGGGCCUCGGUGUGGGUGGUCUGUCUCUGCUUGUGCCCAUGUAUCAGGCCGAGUCUGGGCCAAGACACAUCCGUGGUGCUCUGAUCAGCACAUACCAGUUGUUCAUCACCUUGGGAAUCUUCGUUGCGAAUUGUAUCAAUUUCGGAACUGAGAAGAAGACCUCGACUGCGUCGUGGCGCAUUCCAAUGGGAAUCACCUAUCUUUGGGCGCUCAUUCUUGGUAUUGGUAUGGCCUUCUUCCCUGAGAGUCCUCGAUACGACUACCGCCAUGGCAAAGUCGACAAGGCUAUCAGUACACUGUCAAAGAUUUACGGCGUUCCCCGCAAUCAUCGCGCCCUCCAUCUUGAGUUUGACGAAAUCAAGCAAAAGUAUGAAGAGGAAGUCAAGAAUGGCCAAGCGUCUUGGGUGCAGAUGUUCCGGGCUCCCACCAUGGCUCGCCGUGUGGUCAUUGGAGUCGUUCUCCAGGCUCUCCAGCAGCUCACCGGUGCCAACUACUUCUUCUACUAUGGAACCACCGUCUUCCAGGGCGCUGGUAUCCAGAAUAGUUACGUGACUCAGAUGAUUCUCGGAGGAGUGAACUUUGGUACCACCUUCCUCGGACUGUACCUGAUCGAACAUUUUGGUCGUCGCCGAUCACUCAUUGCGGGUGCCUUGUGGAUGUUCGUGUGUUUCAUGAUCUUCGCCUCUGUCGGACACUUUUCACUUGAUCGAGAGAACCCUCAAAAUACCAAGACUGCCGGAGUUGUCAUGGUGGUGUUCGCUUGUCUGUUUAUCCUGGGCUUCGCCAGCACGUGGGGGCCAAUGGUCUGGGCCAUCAUCGCCGAGCUCUUCCCUUCGCAAUACCGGGCCCGCGGCAUGUCCCUCUGUACCGCUUCCAACUGGCUGUGGAACUUCUUGCUCGCCUUCUUCACUCCGUUCAUCACUAGCGCCAUCGACUUCCGAUACGGUUAUGUCUUUGCAGGCUGCUUGUUCCUCGCGGCAGCCACAGUCUACUUUGGCGUCGUCGAGGGCCAGGGCCGAACUCUGGAGGAAAUUGAUACCAUGUAUCUGAUGAACGUGAAGCCGUGGAAGAGCUCCAAGUUCGAAUUCCCCGCUGAUCCCAGCGUAAUGCGCGGCUCCUUUGACAAGGGUCAGCAGCGCGCUUCGCACAUCGAUGGACCUAAUGCGGGUAACGGUGUGUUGGAGUCGGAAGGUCCUUCUGCCCCUGUCACUGCGACUGGAGGACGCACCGAGCUUUGA